AUGCAUCUUCUCUCCACCAUCCUCAUCUCCCUCCUCGCCUGCCACGCCACUGCAUGGUCCCUCACCAUCCACUUCAUCGACGGCGGCCACAUCACCUCCAACGGCCGCCUGAACUCCGGCUGCAAGGCGUACGACCUCCUCGUCGGCAAUCGGCAGGUCGACCGCGCGGAGUUCAAGGGCAGUACCUUCGCCGAUACCUUUGAGCUGUUCAGCGACAAGGACUGUCGGAAUCUUGUGUACCGGAACGGGGGUGGGAAUCAUCGGGUGCAGCCUCCGCGGCAGGUGAGGGCUUAUAAGGUGUAUUAG